AUGAGUCUCGUGCGCGCGAACGCAGGGUCUUUGACGACGAGGAGUGGUUCAGAUCGAUCUUCUCGGCUUCCACAAAGAGGGAAGCUGUUCAAAACCAGGCGGAUUUCCUCGUCGAACGACUCGGCGGCCCCAAAUUGUACACCAAGAGGAAGGGCAAGCACUACCGGUUGAUCCACAGGCACUCGCCGUAUGACCUGAACCCGAAAUCAGCCGCGCGAUGGCUUGAGCACAUGGAGGCAGCGAUCGAUGCGAGCGAGGGGGUGGACGCAGAAUCGAAGAGACUGCUGAUGGCCUACUUCUCGCACAUGGCGUUCUUUUUGGUCGCGGGCAAGGAUAUGUCCAACCCCAGUAACCUGGUCGAUUACCACAACAAAAUGGCCGAAUCUUGCCCGAAGAUCUAGAAGUAACGUGGAUUUUGUGAUUUUGUAUGUAGCCCGUAAAUGGAUAACCCCCCGACCCCCCCGACCCCGAGCUCUUCUGUUGUAAGUAAGAUCAGAGAGGACCUGAGCGUCGGGGGUAUGUUUUACCUAGCAUGACCGUUUUCGGAAGUGGGCAGAGGGGAAAGUUCAAGUGGACGAUCGUCUCAUCAUAACCUUUUUCCAAACGUGUUAUCGCGCAACCAACGGCGUCGGUCGAGAAUUGGAGUGUGUGUGUGUAUAUUUUGUUGGCAUCGACCGCGCUUACCGAGCUCAGUAAUGAAUUUUUGUCAGUAUUGCAUGUCUGCGUGUGUUUUCGUUGACCUGUUUUGGGCGCCAGUCUACACCUGUUUUGCAUAUGUUUUGGGCAGCAGCUGGAGCCACACAGGAGGCCAGUCAACACUCAUCAGUAGUCAAAUCCUUCCUGCCCCGUCGGUACCUAACAUUCUUGUAAGUCAAAUGCCCCCAAUAGGGCUAUGAUAGUCUAAGGCUUUGCUGCCGAUCAGCGUUUUC